AUGUCUUCGCCGUCGCGUUCUUCGCCGCCGCGCCCUACGCCGCCGCCGCGCUCUUCGGGUCGCCCGGCAGUUUCAGGGCCACGUCGUCCAACGCCGCCCCAUCGCUUCGUCCCUGACGACAGUUUGUUUACGGCCAGCUACUCGCUGAUUAUUGACAACUCUUCGACGGAUGACGAUCGCUUCUUCAAGGCGAGAACGCAACUGCCUACGCUUGUUAAAGUUGUGCAGUGCACGCGCAUGUGGAUUUCCGCGGCGCGCCUGUCGGCUGAGAAUAUCACGGACAAGAUCCUCCAAUCAUUGGCGGGGGACUCUCAGCCAGCCAUUUGGCAGGCGCACCGGGCUUCUUUGCGCAUCUUUGUCCGGAUUCCGUACCAAGGAAUUUCCUUUCUCUGCACGUCCAACGCGGCUCUGCACUCUUUGGUUGGUAUGGCGUUGCAGGUCUGCGGCUCGACGGUACACAUCCGCAAGUAUUCGAAGUACGACAAACUGUACUUCGUGGAUCUGACUCGGCUUCCUGGUGACGUGCCGGACCGGGCCAUCUACAAUUGGUUCGCUCACCGCGGUUCUCGUCCGGUUCUUAUCACCCCAACUUAUGUUGCGGGUGAGCUAAAGUCUCGCGACCGUACGGUGUACUUCCACGCAGUUCAGUGA